AGUUUCCUGAAACAGCUAUGGCAGGAGUGGAAACACAGCCACUGGAUAUAGAGAAAGAAAAAAUCGAACAACCAGACUCAAAUAAACACUUCCCAAAGAAGAGAAAUAAGUCGGGGCGAGAGAGCAGCAAAGAUAAGAAAGAAGUCUCUGGCACGAAAGACAGUGGGAAAGUUCAGAAGAAAGGUGGCAGAGGGAGAAAAAGGACAGAAGCCAGAGAGGUAGCAGCUGUGGACAGAGGGAAGGCCAAAGCAGAGUGCCACGCUGGCAAGUCUAAGGGCAGGGUAGAAGGCAAGACGGCGGCACGAGUGGGAAAAGACCAAGGGCGGGUAAAGACCAAGGCGCUCAAGCAGAAACCCACUCAAUGCUGCAGGACAGCAAAGGGCAGGCGGGCCGCCGCCUGUAGCAGGAAGAGCCGGACUCGGAGAGCCAGGAAGAGCCGCAGAGGUUCUUCGCACAGUGAUAGCUGUUCAACUUGUUCAGAGGACAGUUGGUCAGACAGCGACUGUGACUGUUGCAGUGACAGCGAAAGUUAUUCUGAUAGCUGUAGCACUUGCAGUGACUAUGACACUGGUACUGAUGAAAGUGACACUUCAUGCUCAUGUUCAGACUGCUGCAGCGAACAGGACUGGACUCCUGAAAACAGCCCAUUGAAGCCAAAGAAGAUAGGACUGUAACAUGUGAAA